AUGUUUUUCCCAAGAGUAUUUCUCCUGUCUGCCGUUCUUGGCUUCGCGGUAGCACAAUCGUCGUCGACAAUAUCAACACCGUCGGCCUCCGAAUUGCUCGCUUCCUCAACAGCCUCGGGAUCCUCGACUUCCUCGUCUACAACAGCAUCAGCAUCGGGGGCUUCACAAUCAGGCCAGGUCGCUACGCAUGUCGUCGAAGUCGGCGGUGUAAACGGCUCCCUCAUCUUCUCGCCGAGCAACGUCAAAGCGCAAGCAGGAGACCUUGUGCAAUUCCAAUUCUACGCAAGGGUACAGCAUCACCAUAUCCCACACUCUUACCCUCUCGCUAAUGAUGAUGAAAUACAGAACCACUCUGUUGUCCAAUCUACCUUCGAUCAGCCGUGCAUUCCUAUGGAAAACAGCGUUCCCACUAAGAAAGACGCCUUCUACUCCGGCUUCAUGCCCACCAACGUCACUGUCGGUGCGACAUCCAACAUCCUCACAUACACGAUCCGCGUGCAGGACGAAAAGCCAGUGUGGUUCUACUGCUCGCAGGGGAAGCAUUGUCAGGAGGGCAUGGUCGGUGCUAUCAACGCACCUACAAGUGGAAACAAGACUGUAGAGGCUUUCGCAGCACUUGCUGCCAAUGCGGUGAAGAACAUCAGUCCAGGCCAGGGAUCUGGAAGUGGAAACGAGACACAAACAGGGACAGGAUCGUCUUCGACGUCUGCUGGUUCUGGCACGGCUGCCGAGACGAGUGGUAGUGCUGCAGCGACCUCCACGGGAGUUGAAAUACCGCAAAGUAAUGAUGCAUCUGGACUUGAGUCAAAGAUGUUGGCGACUUCACGAUCAAGUUUCUGGGAGCGUAUGGGUUUGGAAGAGAAGGACAUGGACGUAUGUAUGAGAGUUGUACGGGAGAAGUAUGGGAAGCGAAGAGUGGAGGAGUUUACGGAGCAGGGGUAUUGCAGCGUUACAUUGGUGGUUUAUCCUCAAGACGAAGCAUCCGAUGGGAACGAUUUGAGACAUGAUGUGUCUGCUGCACAUGGAAAAGAUGGCUGUCGCAUUGUCCAGUUUCGAUCUGGACAGCAAGCUCUCGAUCCCAGCAUCACACAGGCUGCGAGAUUGACGUACCCAACGUUCGCGCCGGACAUUCGGAUGUUAAAUCUCCCACUUCCUGGACAGCUGCGUAUCUACGAGAUGGAUUUGCUUUACGGAACACCACUGUCUCAUCUUCAGUCUUCUGAGUGGACACUCGCAAUCACAACAUACGCGAAACAAGAAAGACUUGUCACAAGUUUUGCCGAUAUGAUUGCACAAGGCUGGCAAGCCACAAAGAAGCCCGUCUCUUAUUUCAGACAAACGCGAGCAGAUUCACCCAUGGAUGAGGAGAUCGAUGUACUGUCACAAUGUACGGGCAAAGUAGGAGCAAGUAUUGUCCCCAGGCUUGAGGGGCUUUCUGAGGAACUACCUGACGCGUGGCUGAGACAGAGAGCAAAAAGCGUCUUAGAACACGUUCGAAACAUGUCAAACUAUCCUGUUGUUCUUAACCAUGGCGAUCUCAUACCGUCUAAUAUUCUCGUCGACGAACAAACAUGGAGAAUUUCAGGUCUCUGUGAUUGGGCGGAAGCAGAGUACUUACCAUUCGGAACUUGUUUGUAUGGACUUGAGCAUUUGCUGGGACAUCUCUCACCAACUUGCCCGUCGUCGACUCGACCUCCCAAUGACUCUUCGGAGAUAGUCAAUGCAACUACCACGUUUGUAUACCUUGACAACGCUCCCCGGCUCCGAACCAUAUUCUGGACACAAUUGCUGGGACUGAUCGAAGGGCUCGUAGACAGACAAGACGAGGUGAUGGUUGUUAGGGAUAUGGGUGUGUUACUGUGGUAUGGCUACGCUUGGGACGAUGGAGCGAUCAAUCGGGUGGUCAACGAGGUUGAUGACAAAAAAGAGAUAGCAUGCUUGCGUACGUUCUUGAGGGAAGCAUGA